AUGAUGUCCUUUGUCUCUCUGUUCCUGGUGGGCAUCCUGUUCCCUGCCAUCCAGGCUGAACAAUUGACAACAUGUGAAGUGUCCCGGUUGCUGAAAGAAAUGGACAACUAUAGAGGCAUCCCUUUGCCUGAAUUGGUCUGUACCAUAUUUCACACCAGUGGUUAUGACACACAAGCCAUAGUCAAAAACAAUGAAAGCACAGAAUAUGGACUCUUCCAGAUCAGUAAUAAACUUUGGUGCAGAAGCGACCAGAUUCCUCAGUCAGAAAACAUCUGUGACAUCUCCUGUGAUAAGUUCCUGGAUGGUGAACUUACUGAUGACAUAGCAUGUGCCAAGAAGAUUCUGGAUAUUAAGGGAAUUGACUACUGGUUGGCCCAUGAAGCACUCUGCUCUGAGAAUCUGGAACAGUGGCGCUGCGAGGAGUUGUGA